UAUCCCGGUAGUCGCCGUGACUACGGAUCGCCGAGUAGUUUAAUUUUCGCCUAUUCACGUCGUGACGGACGUGUAAACAAUUUGUCAAAUCUUGAGUCCUAAGGUUGUCGUUUGCGUAUCCUUUCUAAACAAUGAGUUCGAUAGGCACAGGAUAUGAUCUGUCCGCCUCGCAGUUUUCACCGGACGGCCGUGUGUUUCAAGUGGAGUAUGCUCAAAAAGCCGUGGAAAACGGAGGGACAGUUAUUGGCUUGCGGGGCAAAGACGGCGUGGUGUUUGCUGUGGAGAAGAUUGUAACGUCCAAACUGUACGAGCCGGGUGCUAACAAACGUAUACUCAACAUAGAUCAGCAUGUCGGUAUGGCAGUUUCCGGCAUAAUAUCGGACGCGAGACAGAUCGCGGAGACAGCAAGAUCAGAGGCCGCGAGUUACAAGGCACAGUACGGAGUCGGUAUUCCUUUGAAAUACCUCAAUGAGAGAGUCUCUAUGUACAUGCACGCAUAUACCUUGUAUUCUGCUGUGCGUCCAUACGGUUGCUCCGUUUUGCUCGGUGCUUAUGAGACAGAUGGUCCAGCAAUGUAUAUGAUAGAUCCUUCAGGAGUAUCGUAUGGCUAUUAUGGCUGCGCAGUAGGUAAAGCAAAACAGUCGGCGAAAACAGAGAUUGAAAAGUUAAAGCUGUCAGAGAUGACGUGCAAGGAAUUAGUCAAAGAAGCUGCUCGCAUAAUCUACCUCGUGCAUGACGAAUUGAAGGAUAAGCAAUUCGAGUUAGAAAUGAGUUGGGUUGGCGCGCACACAAACGGCAGACACGAGCGCGUACCAGCCGACGUGAAGGCCGACGCUGAGAACAAGGCGCGGCAGGCGAUAGCUGAGGAUUCGGAUAGCGAUACCGAAGAUAUGUAAAGCAUAUAAAUAUUGUCGUAUAAAAUUCUUUAUACUACUAAGAGAUAAUUUAAAUACACGGGUAUAUGUAAUGAUUCAAACACUUCGUGAUUUUUCAUCAGUGAACAAAUAAAGAAUAUCGCCCUUUGUUUAUAAAACACCGGCGUAUCAAUACACUCGCACGUCUACUUGUCAACCUAAUGUGGUGUAUUAAAAUGAGAAAGUAUAAUUUAAUAUAAUAAGAAUUAUAAGUUUUA